AAAAUUCAUAGAAAUAUACAUUCUGUUUUAUUGGGCACGAUGGUGGCAAAAUAGAUUGUUUUUCGUCAAACAGUUGUUCUUGUUGGCAUUGAUCGUCCGUCGUUACAAAAUGUCGUUCCAAUCGUUGACAAGCUACUUACAACGGGUAUCGGACACACUUCAGGAUGAAGAUUCAUCAGUAUUUGCUCUCCUUCUUUCAUUUCAUGAUCCUCACAUUGGAAACCCAAAGCUUCAAGUUAAAUCAAGUGAAGCAAUUUGUAAACAACAUCUGGAGAGCCCAUUUGAUGAAAUGGUUGCAGCUCAUUUGAGAGGGUGUUGGGCGCUCUCAAUUAAUGAUUUCAAAGAAGUUUACGCAUGCCAAGUUCAAACUGUGCAAGCUUUUGUUCGCGCUUUCCAAUCACAAAAGGAUGAUAACUGGGGGUUACCACUUAUGUAUAAGUUGGUUUUGGAUCUCAGAGAGUUUGCCGACAGUGUGGACAAAGAGCUUUAUAGAACAGGUCGUGGUAAACGAGGGGAAAUGUUGGAAAAAGCAGCGGAUACGAUCAUGAGUUGUUUCCGUGUGUGUGGUAGUGAUGGUCGUUCAGCAAUUGCAGUGUCAAAGAAAUGGGGAAUGUUGUUUCUGGUGAACCAACUUUUUAAAAUUUAUUUCAGGAUCGGUAAACUUCAUCUGUGCAAGCCUCUUAUAAGAGCCAUUGAAAGCAGUUCAAUCAAAGAGCAAUUUACGUUAGCGCAACGUGUUACUUAUAAAUAUUAUGUUGGAAGAAAAGCAAUGUUUGACAGUAAUUUUGUGAUGGCUGAAGAAUAUCUUUCAUUUGCAUACAACAACUGUCACUCAAGCUGUAAAAAAAAUCUUCGAAUGGUUUUAAUUUAUUUAAUCCCAGUCAAGAUGUUACUUGGAAGGCUACCCACAUUAGAACUGCUGCAUCAACAUGAUUUAAAUCAGUUUGCUGAUAUUGUAAGAGCUGUGAGGACCGGGCAUGUCCAAUUACUGAAUGAAGCCUUGAUCAAUAACGAAACGUUUUACAUUCAAACUGGAGUUUACUUGAUUCUUGAAAAGUUGCGAGCAAUAACAUAUCGAACACUGUUUAAGAGGGUUGGUCACAUGUUGGGAACUCAUCUUAUACCUUUGCAAGCUUUAUUGGAAACAUUGAAAAGCCAAGGGAUUGAUGAUAUAGACAUGGAUGAAACUGAGUGUAUUGUAGCUGGUCUCAUAUUUAACGGUAACAUACGUGGCUACAUCUCCCACCAACAUAAGAAACUUGUUGUAAGCAAAGUAAAUGCCUUUCCCCCCAUAGCUACUGCCUCAUGAUCUGUAUAGUAGGAUUGUUCUAUUUAUCCUUGAAUCAACCACUGCCAGAGUAUUGGGCAAUGCUUUAUUGAGUUAUUCAAUCGCGGCUAUUUUCAACAAUACAUUUUUAUACAAAGACAU